AUGACUACUCAGUUGCCGAGUGAGGAGAACAUGUCCAUGGAAAUGUUUGCCUUGUUGCGGGUACUUGGCAGGGGUGCAUACGGGAAAGUUUUUCUUGUUCGUAAAAUAGGAGGCAAAGACCAUGGACAGAUCUAUGCAAUGAAGGUGCUCAGAAAAAUUAGGACCAUCAGUUUAGAAUAUGUACGUGGCGGAGAGCUAUUCACACAUCUAUGUAGCCGUGGCAGUUUUGAUGUAACAGCGGCCAAGUUUAUCAUUGCAGAACUGAUUGUUGCUAUUGAUAAUCUUCAUCAGCGUAAAGUCAUAUAUCGUGACCUGAAGCUGGAAAAUAUUUUACUGGACGAACAUGGCCACGUGAAGUUGACUGAUUUCGGGCUCAGUAAGCUACUAGUACCGGAGGAACUAGAACGGGCUAAUUCAUACUGCGGAACUAUUGAAUACAUUCAUCGAUUUCUUCGGGAUCUCGAUUGGGACACAAAGUCGCCAAAACGCCAACUCACCCCUUUUAUCGUGCCUAACCUUACUCAUGAGCUUGAUGUGCAAAACUUUGCUACUGAAUUCACUAAUCAGCCGCCUCUGUACUCACCAGCCGAAUCUCCAGUCAACGGGAAUACGCUUUUCAGGGGAUACUCUUACAUCUCACCAUCUGUAAUAUUUGCUAACAAUAACAUUAUUGGAGAGGAAUUGAUGCAAGAAGAUAUUCAAGUGAGCGUCUUGUUGCUUUUAAAACUCUUAGUCUUCACAUUUAUUCACUGGUAUAGGCACUGCUUGCUAACUCAUCGUUUUUCGGGAAAUACAAGUUGGACACAACAGAAAAAGGAUUUUUGGGUAGAGGAUCCAUUUUCUGUGGUCAGGCGAUGUGAACGGAUAGAAGAUGGUGCCCUUUUUGCUGUCAAAAUUGUUUCGCAAAGAUUCGCUACACAAGCACAAAGAGAGGCCAGGAUUCUUGAUAUUGUUAAAGGGCAUAUCAAUAUCGUGCGUCUCAUAGACGUUCAUUCGGAUCCGCUGCAUUAUUACAUUGUUAUGGAGUUGCUUACGGGACAGGAAUUGUUGAAACGAUUGAGAAAACUUGAGAAAUUCACAGAGGCAGAAGCUGCAGAUAUAAUGCGGCAGUUGGUCUCUGCAGUGGGUUUCUUACAUGCGAAACGAAUUGUUCAUAGGGAUUUGAAGCCGGAGAACAUCCUGUUCGAAAGUGAAGACUCGAGUGCUCGUCUUCGUCUGGUCGAUUUCGGUUUUGCGCGAUUGUUACCGGCAUGUGUUGAGCAACAGCUGAAGUCAGUCUAUCGGAAAAUGACUCCUUGCUUCACCUUACAGUAUGCUGCUCCUGAGGUUUUAGACCUUGGCGAUACCCUGCCGGAGUACAAUGAACAGUGCGAUUUGUGGUCUCUUGGUGUUAUUUUGUUCACAAUGCUGUCGGGGCAAGUGCCGUUCCAUGCUCGGUCGAAAACGGAAUCGGCGACGGACAUCAUGCAGCGGAUAAGAAAGGCAGAAUUCUCGUUUGAAAGUGAUGCUUGGAGAGCCGUGUCUACAGAAGCCAAGCAGCUCAUUAAUGGAUUAUUGACUGUGGAUCCAAAGAAACGGUUAUCUAUGCAAGAAUUGUCGCGACACGCGUGGUUGAAUUCGUCGUCAUCUCUAGAGACUCCACUACAAACGCCUAAUGUUUUGCCUUCAUUUGCUGGUGAAACAUUCAACGAGACCCUACAAGCCUUCUUGACUGCGAACCGUGACGGAUUUCAUCUGAUGGACGUGGAAGCGGCGCCAUUGAUGAAGAGACGUGGUUUGAAACGACAAAGUGCGGAGAAAGAAGCCAAUGAUAAGGCUUCUAAAAGGAAAGCGGCAUUUGAGACCGUUCCUGAAGAGAAUCCGGCUCCAACGCCUCCAGCGAACCGCCCCAACAGUUUGGGUAUGAUUCCGUCAGAUUCAAUGAUGAACUAUCGCGUACCAGCAGCGGGAACGAUUCGUGAAACUCGUGGAUCUGAUUCGUCGUAA